AUGGCUGAGACUCCGACCAUUUGGUACUGCACCAGCGACUCCAACUACACGGCAAACAGCACCUUCGAUCACAACCUGCGCCGCGCGUUGGCGUCCCUGGUAGCCAACGUUUCCUUCACCAGCUUCUACAAUACCACCGAAGGCAGAAAACCUGACCAAGCCAUUGCCGCGGUUCAGUGUCGAGGCGACCUCGACGGCGAACCUUGUCAGGCCUGUGUAUCUGAGUUUACUACACAGCAGCACUGCCCCAACAACAGAGCAGCUCUCUUUGCCUUCCAGGGCUGCAUCACGUACUACCGCGAUACCAACUUUACCAUUCCUCAAUCAUUCAUGAAUUUUUCUCUCCCGGGCCCUGGAGCCAUCCCCAACCCCCAAAGAUUCAGGCCCAUACUCAUUUUCUUUUUCAACAAUCUCAUCCUUUCCGCCACCACCAAUCCUUCGGGACGCUUCUUCUGGGGCGAUAAAUUCCAUUACACUAAAGAUGUGAUUGUCUACUGCACAGCGCAGUGCGUACAAUACUUGGAACGGAAGGACUGUAAAUCUUGCUUAGACAUCGCCUUCAUCCAAAUGCUCAAAAAUGUUGCAUACAGACAAGGGGGUGCAGUUUUCUAUAGAAUGAUGUGCUCUGUAAGAUAUGAGACCUACCCAUUUUUCACUCCCUCAUCUCACAAUAUUGCACCAAGCAGCGCCAAUUUCAUUACAUCUAACUACUCCCCACCAGCAUUGAGCGGUAUAGUAGGCACCCCCAUCCACAAGAACCCCAAGGUUCUGCUUUCUUAUUUGACAAACAAGGCACCUAUCUCUGGCUUCUACAAUGAUGCCGUCGACCAGGCAGCUACCAAAAUCCAGGAUCUGUGCCCCAAUAGUAAAAGGGCAAUCAUAUGGCUCGACCGCUGCCACGUGAAGCUCGAUGGCAUGAUAGACGUUUAUGACAGGGCAUGCCAACCAGCAGGGAAGGACGUGUCAAGCCCCGCAAGCUUCAAUCAGAAUUUGAGAAUCCUCAUAUCCAACCUGACAUCGCUGGCGACGCAGAGCUCUCCCAAUCGCCUCUUUGCUACAGGAGUUUCUGUGCUUGCAGAAUCACAGAGGAUCUACGCUCUGGUGCAGUGCGUGAGAGAUAUACCUGUGGAAGGAUGUCGGUGGUGCUUGCAGAAUGCCAGCUUUGAUAUUGAGGGAUGUUCUCAUGGAGAGCAAGGCAGUCGCAUCCUCAGGGGAAGCUGCAACUUGGCUUUCGGAUCGCAGCAAUUCUUUUUAGGCGAUCCUACACUGGUAUCACUUGUGCAAUCCAAUCAUGAGAAGCUAAAAUACAAAGAAGCCUCUUCGGUUGAUGUUGGGAGCAUAAAAGAGGACGAGGCAGACUACCAUUUACCACAAAUCAGCCUAAGGACAAUACAAAAUGCUACAGAAUACUUUUCAGAAGAAAAUAAGCUUGGAGAAGGUGGAUAUGGACCUGUUUAUAAGGGAAAGCUUUCCAGUGGACAAGAAGUAGCUGUUAAAGGCUGUCUGGGAACUCUGGGCAAGGUUUAA